UAAUGUAUGUGUAGUGAGUGAUCUGAGUGGUGUUAAUAAGCAGGCUCAGACAGGCAGUGUAUGUUAGUGCAGUGGUUCGUGUAUCUGUGCCGGGCCAGCUGCACUCAUGGCUCGUAAACGGGAUGGUGGCUGCUGCCCCCUGCCCCUCAAUGAGGACAAUGCCCGCUUCUGCCUGCUGGCAGGGCUCAUCUUGCUCUAUCUGCUGUGUGGGGCAGCUGUGUUCUCCGCCCUAGAGCGUCCCUCUGAGCUCCGCGCCCGCCUCCUCUGGGACCAGCAGCUGGCCAACUUUACCCUGAGCCACCGGGUGAGCCUGGGAGCCCUGCACGCGCUGCUGCGUCAGUAUGAAGAGGCCAACGGGGCCGGGAUCAGAGUGGAUGCUCUUAGGCCCCGCUGGGACUUCUCUGGAGCCUUCUACUUUGUCGGCACGGUGGUGUCCACCAUCGGCUUUGGUAUGAACACCCCAGCUACCAUCCCUGGUAAGAUAUUCCUGAUCUUCUACGGCCUCAUCGGCUGUGCCGCCACCAUCCUCUUCUUCAACCUCUUCCUGGAGAGGAUCAUCACCAUGCUGGCCUACAUCAUGCGUUGGUGCCACGAGCGGAGGAUGAGGCGCUCGGGGUUGGGGGCUGUGUCAGGGGCCGAGGAGCCCCGCAGUGAGGAGGACAGUCUGGAGGGCUGGAAGCCCUCUGUCUAUUAUGUGAUGCUGAUCCUGGGGGUGGCGUCUGUGCUGAUCGCCUGCAGCGCCUCCUCUCUGUACUGCUCCAUGGAGGACUGGAGCUACAUGGACUCCCUGUACUUCUGCUUCGUGGCCUUCAGCACCAUCGGCUUCGGGGACCUGGUGAGCAGCCAAAGGGAGCACUAUGAGGCCCAGGAAGCCUAUCGCCUGGGCAACUGCCUCUUCAUCCUCAUGGGCGUGUGCUGCAUCUACUCGCUCUUCAACGUCAUCUCCAUCAUCAUCAAACAGACUCUUAACUGGAUCCUGGCCCGGCUGGCUUGUCCAGGCCGACGCUGUCCCUGCUCGUGCCCUAAGAGAGGCCUCCGCAGGCGGGUCUGCUGCCCCUGCCUCCAUAAAAAACACUCUGGCUUGAGGCCUCCACCUGCACGACUCCGCCAGCAGCACUUCAAACGCAACGCCGUGCAGCCCACCCCGUCCCAAGUCCCCACAGGGCGACAUCGCUACACGGACGCCUCGGUGGAGACAGUGUGCGACAGCGAGACGGACGCCGGAGCGGGGGUGGACGGGGUCGCUGGGGGCCGGCGUCUCUCUGGGGAGAUGAUUUCGGUGAAUGACUUCACAGCGUCCAAUAAGGUGUCUUUGGCGCUGCUGCAGAAGCAGCUGUGUGAGACGGCCCAGCAGGGCCCCAGGCAGAGCCACGUUCCUCGCCACAAUGGCUUCUCUGGGGGGGUGGGUGCAUUUGCCAUUAUGAACAACCGCCUGCAGGAGACCAGUGUGGACAGGUAGUCCCACCUGACCCCAACCAAACCUAUUCACACCAACUCAGAAAUAGAGCACUGUUUGUGUGGGUUAUUGAAAUAUGACUGCAGCUUGACUGGAUGCUGGAUCUUCUCCUGUUAUGUCUAAAAAAAAACUAGCAACGUUUCAUCCUCAGAAUGAGCAUUGUUUGUAGAUCAAACAGUAGUGAAACAGAACAGUUGGAUGCCACGGCUGGCCAUACAUAUUUGCCAAAUUUGUUUUCAAUGUAAAUCAUAUUGAGGUCAGCUAGAUUUCUAGUUGUAGACAUGAUUAUAGCCCACAGCAUAUCCCUGUUCUGUCUGACAGCUUCUCAGAAUACCAGACAUUCAUGACAAUCACUGAUCUCCUAUUGAGACAGAAUGAUCCCGUUUGGUUCUGUGGGGGAGAUGCGGUGGACAGGCACCUUCCAUUUCAACAGCAUAUGUCUGGAGAGGGUUUGAGAGGCUCAAGUGAUUGGCAGGAAUGCAAUGCUGAACGCAAUCAGGCUUUGUGUGGAGUAUGGAGAUGUGGAGGGGGUCUGGAGGAGACCCACUGAUUUACGAGAGCCUUUCAGAUGUGUCCUGAGCUCCUCCACAACACAAUGGAUUUGCGUGGGGUGGCAUCAGUGAACAUAGAAAUGUACCCAUAUUCUGUAUUUGUAUCCUGUCACCUAAUGUCUAGGGCUCUGCUAGAGAACCUGUUGAAUAUGUAUCAUGGUUCAAUUGUGUUGCGUUAAUUAGAUAGAAAGCCCUCAGACACACAGUAUGAGAGCUGUAAAAGGAAGAUAAAACCUCUUCAUCUUCUGAAGGCUGAGAUGGAGGUCACAUUAAAAUGCAAUGCAAUCAUCAAGAUAACUCUGACAAAUAGGAUAUUGAAAUAAAGCACAUUUAAUCAAAUAUAGCAUUUGGAAAGGUAUUUAUGUCAAUAAAUGGUGUGAGAGUGUGACUAUCUCAUCCAAUUUUUA